AUGCCACCCAAACGAAACUCGACUGCUCAAUCUUCAACCCAAGCACGAAAGAAAAAAGAAUCAGGAGCUUCAGAAACUAACGAGCAACGGGUAGCAAGACUGGGAAACGUUCCAGUACGCCCUGCUCAAGCCUACGGUCUCAAUGAAGUUCACGCGGAGUGUCAACUGAAGGUGAGGCUGGUGUCUGAAGCUAUGCUGUUCAACAGCGUCACCGUUCGAUUGGACGACAUGACUCAAACGGCUUUUCUGUCACCUCUCUUCGACUACUUCUUGGAAGGUCUAGCUGCCAUAGUCCCCUGUCCCAAAGAGAACAUAUUCAUCUUUAAUGUGCAGGAUGAUACUGAUGUGGAGGCGAAAAUUUUGAAUGUUAGUUUUUCUGUCAGGCGUCCGGAUUCACGAGACCCGGAUGAGUACUAUUCUCCACACUAUCUGCAAGAAAGAGUGUAUUUGAACCGAGCUAUUCUCGCCAGACUUGCCAACGUCCAGGUGCUUCCGUUUGAUGACAACUUAUGCGUGAGGGAGCCAUGCGUGAACUUCGAAGAGUGUCUAUCUGUCCUGAAAUUCGGCAAUGCUUCCGGGUUUAUAUCUUCAAAUACGCUCCUCUUUCGACCCAUUUAUCCUGUCAACACUUUCGCCUGCCGAUGUCCUCGAGGAUUUACAGGCAUGAAGCAUAAGUACGAGUGCGACACCGAGGUGAACCUGUGUUAUUCCAGCCCAUGUGGAGCGAAUGGGACAUGCAUUCGAAAAGAAGGCGGUUAUACUUGUAUUUGCCGGGAAGGUUUCACAG